AUGCCUCCGACCCCGAUUACCGCUUACAAGCAAAUUGAAGCUGCCUUCCGAACAGUAGUCACGAGACACUUACCUGAAGUGGGAACAAAAUGGUUGGAAGUUGAAUUAACUGACCCUAAACUAAAAUUUGAGAUACUGAAAGGCGGUGUGUCUGUAAUAGGGAAAGAAGUACCCAACCUCGAGCUGAACAACAUUAAAACUGUCUCGGACGCUCUUAAAUUCUUUCUCACGCCCUCAACUCCCGAUCCUCGAAAAGGCCACCCAACAGCCGAGUGGUUCGAAGCCAACAAAGGGGCACUUCCUCAGAAUAUGCAAUUCGUUCCCUAUACCAAAGAGCGUGGUGUCAAGCGAGAAUUACGAUCAAAGCUAGAUAGAAAAGAAUACUGA